CCGUGUGACAUAACAGGAAUGGACAAAGGAGGGGACAUUUGGAAUGAUGGAGUUUCUCUUCUCGCGUCUGUCCCGUCUGCAGGAGUCCCGCUCUCCUGGAGGAGCUGAACCCCUCCCUGCCCACGGGAAGCAGGGAUGAAAUUCCCGGGUUUGCUUUGCUUGCGUGCACGGCUUUUUGCUUUCCCUAUUAAACUGUUUAUUUCAACCCAUAAGUUUUCUAGUUUUUACCGUUCCAUUCUGUCCCCGGUCCCGGUGGGGGGUGGAGGUGAUGAGCAAGCAGCUGCGAGGUGCUUGGGGCUGCUGGGGUUAAGCUUCGACAGCCACACAGGGCUCUGGUUUGGCUGCCGUGCCGUGACUCUUCGGUAUACAACAGGACCCUUGCAAUUGUCUGCCGUGACCCCACACUCUGGAACGCCCCUGGUACCGCGGCUGGGACCCCCACUUCUGUCCCGUGUCCCCCUUGCUGUAUCUGACCGCCCGGAUGAAGAGUUGCGCUCAGCCCUCUGCCUCCGGCCCGGGCGUUCCUGGGACGGGGCGGCCCCGGGGCGAGCAUCGGGACCAUUGCAGACCACCGGGCACCGCAGAACCAUUCCAGUCCACCGGGCACCGCGGGACCUUUCCAGACCAUCGGGCACCGCAGAACCAUUCCAGUCCACCGGGCACCGCGGGACCGUUCCAGUCCACUGAAUACCGUGGGACCAUUCCAGUCAACCGGGCACCGUGGGCAGGAGACUCUGCCAAGAUGUCCAAGAGGAAGCCAACUCCAGAGGAGGAACCCAAGAAGGCGAUAAUUGUAUAUUUGAAAUCUGGGGAGCACACAGCUCCUGGUGAUGAGCCCAAGAAGGAGACAAAUUCAGAUGAGAAAUCCUGGGAUGACCCAAAUCAUGGUGACAAGCCCAAGGAUGGGGAUUGUCCUGGAGAUGGUCCUGACAAUGGUCCUGACAGUGGUCCUGACAGUGGUCCUGACAAUAGUCCUGAUGGUGGUCCCAAGGAUGUGGAUAAUCCAGAAAGGGAUUCCAGUGGGCAGUGUUGCCAUCCCUGCUCCCUCUCCCCCUGCACAGGGAAGGGCUGGCAAGGCAGUGGGUGA